CAAAUCCCACCCAAUCAUUCAUAUCUCAAUAAUCCCUUCUCCCAAAUCCCCCUGCUUUAAUUUCUCCCUCUGUUUUCCCCCGGCGAUGGCUUCCGACCAGAUCGCCCACGAUUUCCCAGGCUUCUUCAAGGUCUACCAAGACGGCCGCGUCGAGAGAUACUGGGACACCGACCACUCCCCCGCUGGCCUCGAUCCCGAAACCGGAGUCGAAUCCAAGGACGUCCUCAUCUCCCCCGAGCCCGCCGGCGUCAAGGCCAGAAUCUUCCUCCCCAAGGUCCCCGCCGGCAAGAAGCUCCCCGUCCUCCUCCACUACCACGGCGGCGGCUUCUGCAUCGGAUCCCCUUUCGCCACCCCUUUCAAGAUCUUCCUCUCCACCCUCGCCACCCAGUCCGGCGUCAUCGCCAUCUCCGUCGACUACCGCCUCGCUCCCGAGCACAAGCUGCCCACCGCCUACGACGACUGCUGGGCCGGGCUCCAGUGGCUCGCCCGGCACGCCGACGGCCGCGGACCCGAACCCUGGCUGAACCAGCACGCGGAUCUGGGGAACGUGGUCCUGGCCGGGGAGAGCGCGGGCGCAAAUCUGGCCCACUACGUCGCCGUCCAGGCCGGGGCGAAAGGGGUCGCGGGUUUGAAUCUGACCCGGAUGGUUCUGGUCCACCCGUAUUUCGGGACCGAUCAGCCCGAUCGGUUUUACCAGUACAUGUGCCCGACGAGCUCGGGCGCGAAGGACGACCCGAGGGUGCACCCGGCGGGCGACCCGGAUUUGGCGAAGCUGAAGGUUGGGAGGAUUUUGGUUUGCGUGGCGGAGAAGGAUGGGCUGAGGGGAAGGGGCGUGAGCUACGCGGAGACGAUGAAGAAGAGCGAGUGGAAAGGGGCGGUUGAUUUUUUCGAGACCAAAGGGGAAGACCAUUGCUUCCAUUUUUUCAGCCCCAAGAGCGAGAGCAUCGCUCCGCUCAUCAAAACCGUCAUCGAUUUCGUGAAGCAAGAUGGAGGCAGCAGGCUAUGAGAAAUUGAAGUGUUUGGAUUUGAGGGAGACUGAAGCCGGCCGGCCUGUGGGGUUAAUUAAGUAAGUUAGUUGGGUAGUUGAUGUUAUGGAUGGAUUGGAUGGUGGUAGCAUAGCAUGAGCAUGACCGCUAUUUGGUAAGGCGUAUCUACUAACGUUGGAAUGAAUGAUUGAAUUGCACAUUUUACCCUAUCGAG